UAACGUUAGUUUGUUAGUCACAUAAUCGACGCACAGCAUAAACUUAUAGUAUUGAAAGUGCCACGUGUACUCUGAGAAAUAAAUUCAUAAAUUAAAUCGCCGUCGGUUCCCGUUCGCCACACAUUCCCGUUAAAUUUACACAUAGCUCGGAUAAGAAGUAUUCUAAACGCAACAGGGCGCGACAAAAGAGAAAGAGGAGAAGCGCGUCAUGACGCAGUUAACGCUGGGAUACCGACGUGAGGCUGUGCCUCUUGUUCACCCCUGGUUGGUCUGAUAAGCGAUGCUACAGAGAGAAUGGGACAAGCUUUGUGUAUCUGCUCUCGCAGUGCCAUCACCAUCGACAACAAAAGAUACUAUUUCAUCCAGAAACUAGAAGAAGGGGGUUUCAGCUACGUGGACCUUGUAGAAGGUGCACACGAUGGACGCUUCUAUGCACUGAAACGGAUCCUUUGCCAUGAUCGCGAGGGUCGUAAAGAGGCUCAGACCGAAGUGGAGAUGCAUCAACUCUUCAGUCACUCCAACAUCCUCAGUUUGACCGCACACACCUUUGUGGAGAGAGGAGGAAAAUGUGAAGCCUGGCUGUUGCUACCAUACAUCAGUAAGGGAAGUCUCUGGUCAGUUCUUGAGAAACUGCGGGAUAAGGGAAGCUCCAUGCCUGAAAGCCGUAUCUUACACAUUCUGCAUGGUAUCUGUGAAGGACUUCAAGCAAUUCAUGAUAAAGGUUAUGCUCACAGAGACUUGAAACCAACCAAUGUUUUACUGGAUGAGAACGACUGCCCUUAUUUAAUGGAUUUGGGAUCCAUGAACAAGGCCAGAAUUGAAGUCCGGGGGUCACGGGAAGCAAUGACAAUCCAGGAUUGGGCAUCUCAAAGAUGCACCAUCUCGUACAGGGCACCAGAGCUGUUUAAUGUGGAAAGUCAUUGUAUCAUUGAUGAGAGAACUGAUAUCUGGUCUCUAGGUUGUGUGUUGUACUCGAUGAUGAUGCUCGAGGGACCCUAUGACCUGAUCUUUCAGAAGGGUGACAGCGUGGCUCUCGCCGUUCAAAAUCCAGUGUCCAUUCCACAGCCUUGCAGUUAUUCUCAAGGGCUUCAAACUCUCCUUAGCUCUACUAUGGUGACCAAUCCUCAGGAAAGACCCAGAAUCAGCUGGGUACUUGACCAAGUCCAGAACCUUCGGGGCUCAGACGGGACAGCUAUAGAGACAAACAGAGUAUGAUGAUUUCACAAAGGGAGCACCUAGAUGAUUUUUUGUUUUCAGUUGACUUUUUGGACUAUGCACUCUCUCUCUCUUUCGGACAGAAGUGAUUUGCUGAACUCACAGCCUGGCAAACAUUUGCUUUCAUACCUCAUUGAGUUCAGAACGCAACGAUUAGACACGUAUACACACUCGCGAUAGAUAUCAAUCUAUCUGUCUGACUUUUUCUCAACAAAACAUUUACAAGUCCAUAUUUUAUCCCAAAUAUGACUCAACCCCCAUGUAUGCAAAACCCUACAAAUCACUUAAAGGACAGGGGCAAUUGUUCAGUUCGCUACAGUGACUAUUUUAUUAUUAUUGUGUACUAAUUGUAAUUUGGCUUUAAGGUAAGUAAAGAAGAAAGUAUUAUCAAUGCUGUUUUAAUUGUUUAAAAUGGUCUACACUUUAUUUUACUGUGUCUCUUUACAUGUUGCACAUACUUAGUAUAGUAAAAGAGUUAAUUAUGCGUAAUUACAUGCAACUAACCACAUAGUAAGUGCAUAUUGUUCAUUAAUAUUACUCAAUACUUGAAAUGUAUAUUUAAACUGUAACAAAUACACCUUAAAAUAAAGUGUAAUCUGUAAAUGAUGUGUGUUAUAUACUUUUAGCAAAUUGUCCCUGGGAAACGAGAGAUCCAUUAUGUUAAAAUAUGUUGGGACUUUGAGUUGUUUUUAGUUUUUGUGAUGAUAAAGCCUUAUUGUAAUUGAGCCACAUGUUAAUUUCUAUUUAAAUCACUGGAAAACGUCAUCUUAUGAAAUUUGUUGCAGUGAAUAUACUAAUUUCUGAACAGUUUGGAUAGAAAUAACUAAGAGAAUGAAGAAGCGAGUUAUUAAGUUUUAAUGCUCAGCUUUCGUCGAAAUACCUGACAAGUAGCCUAAACUGUGCUCAAGAAAUUAUUUAUGGUUGUCGUGCCUGUGAAAGCAUUCUGAAGCUAUUAAGAGUUGUAUUUUAGUUUUCUUUUUAAGCGGUACAGAUGAAUACUGUUAAGUGCAAUUUUGUUGCAAAUUUUCUCUUUAGGGUGGUCUAUAACGAAGCGUAUUAAACCAUUCUAAAUGUUUUAA